CUCAAACACAAAUGUAAUAAAUAAGUUGAAUCAAAACCCCCAAUGUUAAAGUAUGCAACCGUGUUUAAACGGAGGAUUGUGAGGUGCACGUAUGCCCUUCCUCACUCCUAACCGAACCCCGAUCUCUGCACAGACCCGUUUUAGGUGACUUGUCCCACCUUAUAAUUUGGACGAGUGGCGACUCUCCUUUUUCUUUUAUAUUUUCACACUUGAUUUUUCAUUAUUUUGAAAAAAAUCUCAAGUGGUCGUCAACAGAUUGGCGACUCCAUUGGGGACUGAACCCAGAAUCUCUGGUUUCCAUAUUCUGGGUUCACGAGGGUCGAGCUAAUACUUUAACUUUGGGGAAUUUUUCAGCUUUCAAUUUUCUUUGAUUGUUGAGUCUUUGUGAGUCUUUGUCAUUUAUUGUAUAUGUUUGUUGCAUGUUGCGUGUUGCGUGUUGCGUGUUGCGUGUUACUUGUUUGCUCAUUGUUUUAGUGGUUGCUUUGAUCAUUUUGUCUUUGAGUAGUUACCUUGCUACAUCUUGACAUGCAUCAUACCUUGCUAACAUGUUCAUACAUCAUAUCAUCUCACAUGCUCAUCCAUCAUUGAUAUAACAUGCUUAUUCAUCAUGCAUCAUGCCUAUACGCCUACUUGUUUGUGUGUGGCUAUACUCACCUUUUACACUUGGCUAUGGAGUACUUAGUGAGUCUCUUCCUUCUUGUGCGAUUAUUUAUAUCUUGUUGUAUGCUAAGUGUUGGUUGCUUUGUGUUACUAACCUUUUGCAUUUGGCAUAGGAGUACGAGAUGAGUCCCUUCCUGCUGUGUAAGUAGGUUUGUUUGUGGAUGAUAUAUUUGUUGAGUGCUUUACAUGCUUUAUUUGAUUGCUGUGGGAUAUAUGUUGCUAUUUUUGUGGUUGCCAUUGUGCAGGUUAUUGGAGUGUCAUGCCCCUUACACACACUCACUCUCAUUUUGCAUUAGGUCCGUGUCGAAGGUGAACCCGACCUCUAAUCUGGAAUCCUUACGAAUUUGGCUUGGAAGAACAAUUCUUCCCGUUUUGAGGAGUAAGAUCGGUUCCUGUUAGGUUGUUUCCAUUGGUUAAUACGACACUUGAUGAUAUAAUAUCAUUCUGUGUAUUAGCUUUUGGAAAUAUCUCCCGUUGAUUCUGAAAGGAUAAAUGGUUGAGAAGGCCUAAUGCCUUUUAGGAAAACAUGUAAUGGCCUUAAAGAGAUACCAACCCUAGGACAUGUUUCCCUUAGCAUCCCACCCGUGAGGUUAGGGAUCCUGCGUUUAAGACACAAAAAGUGGCAUUUUUCUUCACUAACUUUGUCUCCGCACAUGACAGGUUUUCGUUUUAUAUACAUUUGAGGUAUGAUUAAUUAUUCAUCUUUUGCAUUUAGACAUCAUUCUUAAGGUAAGGAGCAUUCCACCAUGCACUUUGUAUCUUCAUUUUUAACCCCAUGCAUUAUUAAAAAAAAAAGAAAAAGUUCAUGAUUGUUUCACAUGUCAUAUGUCCAUCCUACUCAUUUCACAUUAAAUCUUCUAUAUGUCUUGAAAAUUUCACAUGUCAUAUAUCCAUUGUAUCACAUUUUCCAUCUCAUGCAUUGCAAAAUAUAUUUUCAUGUUCAUCUCAUGUGACAUUCUCCAUUUUGUGCAUUUUAAAUUUCAUUUUUCAUCUCAUGUUUCACAAAAAAAUUGCAAAAAAAAAGAAGAGUAAAAUUCCAUCCAUGUU